AUUCUUUCUUAUCCUCAUCACUCUCACAUUCUCUUGUCUUCAAACUCACAUAGACACCAAAAAAUGACUCGACCGUCAAGACUACUCGAGACGGAAGCGGCAACGCCACCACAACCGUCGGAGCAGAUGCUUGCGGCGGAAUCCGAUAUGGUUGUGAUCUUGUCGGCUCUUCUCUGCGCUCUCAUAUGCAUAGCUGGCCUUGCCGCAGUUGUACGCUGCGCUUGGCUCCGGCAGUUUACCACCGGAGGAAACUCACCCUCGGCGAACAAAGGCUUGAAAAAGAAAGCUCUCCAGUCUCUCCCUAGAUCUACUUUCACCGCGGCGGAAUCAACCUCCGGCACCGCCGCAGAAGACGGUGGAGAUUCAACUGAAUGUGCGAUUUGUCUCAGUGAGUUCACCGACGGUGAAGAGAUCAGAGUGCUUCCUCUUUGUGGCCAUUCCUUCCACGUGGCGUGUAUUGACAGAUGGCUUGUCUCUAGGUCUUCGUGUCCUUCUUGUCGGCGGAUUCUUACGCCGGUGAGAUGUGACCGGUGCGGUCACGCUUCCACGGCGGGGAAUCAAGGGAAAGAUCAUCAACAUCACCAACACUCGUCGCAGUUCACUUCCUCUAUUCCUACCUUUCUUCCUUAACGCUAAUUUUUUCUAUUAUUAUCAGAAUAAUUAUUUCAGAAAGUAUGUAAAGUGAGUUUCAUUAGGAAAUAGAGAUCUUUUUGUGUGAUUUCUCUUGUAAUUUUUCUUGUUUUUUUUUCUUUCAACAUGUAAUUUUUCUUGUGUCUAAAUCAAUUAGAUUGAGUCUAUAGUUCUUGAUGUUUAUUUACAAGAUCAGUAA